CGGGCUCUGAACUGGUGACUUUCCCGGUUGGUUUGGCUUUUCUUGCCCGGAGGGUGCUGAUUUCAGGCAAACGUGCACGUUACGCCACCGUAGCGUCUCUGUUCUGGGGCUUGUGUCGGAAAUCGCCCUAGACCUUGAAAGGCCGCAGAAUGGGGAUAACGUUGUGACUGGCGAGCUCCCGGCGGAGAUUUAGUGUUUCAGCUCCGCAGUCCCUCGUCGGCCCCGGCAGCUUCUGAGAACCGGCCGCCACCGCAAGCUGGGGGCGCCGCCUCAGUGAAGCGGUCUCCAAUUGGAGCGACAUGGCAGCUCUGUAGAGAAUGAUCCCUCUGGUUUCCCCUCACAGUCGUGGCCUGUUAGCAUCCCCGAGUACCAGAAUGAGUGAUCGCUAUUUGGAACAAAGGGUUAGUAUAAAAUUUUGCGUGAGGCUGAACAAGUCUGCAAGCGAGACCCACCAUCUUCUGCAACAAGCUUACGGGAACGAAGUCAUGUCUGGGGCUCGCGUUUUUGACUGGCACGGAAGAUUUAAGGAAGGGCGGGAAGAUGUUCGAGACGACGUCCGGAGUGGUCGCCCCGUCACCCACCAGACCAAGGAAAGCAUCCAGAAGAUCAAGGACUUGGUUUGUUCCAACAGGCAGUUAACCGUGAGGAUGAUGGCGGAAGAAUUAAAUUUAGACAAGGACAGACUCAUUCUGAAAGAGAACUUGAACAUGAGGAAAGUUUCUGCGAAAAUUUUUUCGGAUAUUUUAAAGGAUGAUCCCAAACCUCGCGAACUUGGCAUGCAGUCUGCUUUUCCAAAGGAAACUCGAAAAAAUGGCUCAUACGUGAGGGAAAGGUAGCGAGUUGUCACAUGUGAGGAAAAGGUAGCAAGGAAGCGUGGCAUGGUCUCCACCAGGAAGCUGGUUAGGAAAUGUCAGGGGCUGUGUCCCGGUGUCCCCUUCCCUGCCAGCCAGCUUCUGAAGGCUUCUCUCCAACAAGCCUUCCCAGCUGGGCAGCUCAGGAUGGAUUCGCAGUGUGGUGAAGGAUGUCUAAAGUGGCUCAACCUGAGUGAAGCAGCUGCCUCACUGGGAAGCACCUCCAUCUGAUGGGUCUUCUCUGUCACUCCUCCCUGCAGGUCUUCAUUCUCCCUGCUUCCUCUUCGCUGGACCAUUGGACUGUCUUCCUUACUUUUCAACCACAAUCUGGAAGAACCUUAGGCUGUUGACUUCCAGAACAUGCUUGCUGUUACAUUCUUUUGCUUAACGAGUGGGGAUCUCUACAUCGCCCAAAACAUAAGUUGUGGUGAUAGUCCUGUUGCUUUGUUAUGGACACUCUGCCCCUGGGAUAUUGUGCCAGUGAGAAAUGGGCCCAGAAUCUCCUGCAGUUUAUCCCUCUGUGCCCAGGGAGGCAUGCUCUGCCCAGAGGACCCCCAAAAGAAGCCCUAGAGUUUGAGCCUGCCUCCUGGUCAGGGCCCUGAGGUAUGGUACAGAAGCCAAUGGUGUACUGGCCUAGUGAGCAGUGCUGAGCAGAAGGGCUGAAGUGGCCCAAAUCAUUCAGUGAGAGCCCCUAAGAACUCAGAUUGACCACCAGUAUUGACCUAGAAGACCUACUCCUGCCAGAAGGAUUACAUUUGUGUCAUCGUGGUUUUGUGCUUUGGAUCCCCACUUAUUUGGGAAUUCCCUUUGCUGUAAAAGAAGAAUCUGGUUCUGUAACAAAGAAACCAGUAGACCUGGUGCUAGGCUGUAAUGUGUGGAAAGGAAGACCUGGUGUCUCUAGACUAAAUUAAAGGAGUCUGCCAGUUGCCAUACAGCAGCCAAUAUUGCCAGGCAUAUUUUGAGUACCUACUGUUUUUAGAACUGUGGAAUCACAAUCAUCAGAGACUAAUAGGCUGGGCCAAAUGGUUUUUUAAAGUGGGUCUUUGAGGAAGUGGGAGACAGAGGGUUAUGAAAUUAGAGAAAGCUUCCCAGCAGGUGAAACAGCAUGAGGCUUUGAAACUGCAUAAGCAGAAAAUAAUGACACCGUCAGCUAAAAUAGCAAAGUGCAAAGGGGAAGAUAGUGGUGUUGCAGAAGAUGAGCAAUUUGAGAUAACUUGCUGCUUCUCCAAGUCUAUGCCAAUGGCUUGCAAAUUGCUUCCCCUGUGUCUGUAAGUAAGUUACUAACCCACUUAUUUGAUUAUGAUUGUUCUAUAGAACCCUAUGGGGACAGUCUACAAAUUCCAGUUCUUACCUCUUUCAUUUUUGCAUUUCUCCCAGGAUUUGUAGAAUGGCACUUUUCUGAAGUAAGAUUUUUUAAGUAAGUUUAACACUUUUCCAUGUAAGACCACACAAACCGGAAACAUCUCAAAAUUUAGUAGGAAUGCAGGAGGAAGUGGAGGAGGUAACAGCAUUCACAGUGUUAGCCAAUGUCUGUGAUUUACCCAAGGAGUUUUACAUAUAAUGUCUCCUGUUAUUUAACUUUUAGGGAAAUAAUGCCAUCUCCAAUGGUAAUAUUGGUUGAUAGUAAAAGCCUAGCAAAAGUUAAACAUUAUUAUCUUUAGGACUGCUCGUUACCUAUCUUUAUUACAUCAAAAACAUUGCAGGUUCCUUGUACCUGUCAGUUUGGAAGUAUCUUGACAUCUAGACUUUGUCCCAUAAGUAAAAGAAAAAAUUAAAAACAAACAACAGCUUAUAGAUUUCAAUCUAUUUUAGGAAUCCUAGGCAUUCCAAUUUGGGACCUUUAUGUGUUCCAAAGCGAGUAAGACCCUGCACUUUGGGAACACCUGUAACACCUGUAACAUCUUUAUUGCUGAGUCUCAUUAAUGCUAGCUUAAGCCUGGUGGCCAGUGUUGUACAGAUUUGUAUGUUCCUGGGCUCAGGCCGAGAUUUCAGAACAAUACCUGCAGGCAUUAUGUCCAGUCUUAUACAAUGCAGGGAUUCUGAGAGAGCUGAUUUCUAGACUGGAGUUUAGCAAUGCUGCUGGAAGAUAGGUACUAGAGCAACACUGGCCCAAACAGGAUUUGCAGGCAGCAACUGAGAGCAGGUCAUUAGGAAUGUGAAUUCAAGCUGUCCUAAAUGGCUAUAAUGAGAAGGACCUAAUAUAUUUUCUUAGAUCAUGACAUUACCUAUUUGUAAGCUUUUCAAAGAUGACAGGAUGCCUCAGAUUUAGGGAAAAUAAAAUUACUUGCCUAACAGUUGUUGGGAGCAAACUGUUCUUACUUGGUUGUUCAGAAUUGCUGAACCUAGGAUUAGACCAUGUGCUCCUAAGAGAACAGGAGGGUUCUUACAGAACAGGGCUCCUUAUGUGCCUACCUGUAACAUCCGUGUUGCUGCUGACAUCAAUUCUCUGACCUUCUGACCAUCUGGUCCUAUAGCAUCCUAGAUGCGGCCGUACAUCACACCACAGACUGCUGCUGUUGGCUCUUCUCAAAUGCCUCUGAGUGUCUUCGCUGCCAGUUUGCUCCUGUCUCCUGGGUGCUAGGUUUUCUUGUCUUCGACUCUAGCUCCAAUUGCUGCUUCUGUCCACUGUGAUAUGCUGAGCUUUGAGUUGCCCUUUUAGUCAUGAUUUAUAAUUUGACUUGAAACCUCUCCCUGGUGUUGGGUUCCUUCUAGACCCCACUUGAGCCACUGAGUAAGGUUAUUGUCUUCUGUAGCCCUAGCCCCUAUGUUACCUUCCUGUCUGCAGAAGUGAGGUAAAAUGAUCUGGGGAAGGGAUGGUUCUUGUUCUUAUUUUUCAUAAGACAUGUUUUGGAGAAAAAACCCUCUCUCCUACCUUAGCCAUCAUUCGUUUCACCCCCAAAAGGCAAGAAAUAUUACCAGUUUCCCAAGGAAGCAAUUUAGUAACUUUCUGUACUGAGAGUCACAAAACUUUUUCAGAGCUGGAGUAUAUCCAAAUCGCUUACUUCUAAGAACUGGCUCUUUCCUGACCUCACUGCCUGUCUCUUUGGUCCUAUAGGAGGAAAACUGGUCAUCUUGCAUCCUUGACCAUUAUUCUCAAGUUUCCUACAGUCAGUCCUUGCAGCCCUUUGGUUUUCCAGUUGAUCUUCCCUACCUUGACUCUCAUCUCAUUUCCAUUUGAAAUCCAUAUGGAAUUUGUAGAGCACAGCUGCGAUUUAAUAGACAUCUGCUAGGACAUUAUUUCCUCAUUGAUUUUGAUCUAAUUCUCCCUUCCAUUGCCCCUUCCCACUUUGUCUGUAACAAUGAUCCGAAAGAGAGAGAGGAAAAAAACAAAGGAACUUCAUAAAAAUCUUUAACUUAGAAAAAUACAUGGGUGAUUCUGCAGUCUUGUGAAUUCUACAGUAAGUUCUCACUGACAUGUCAUUAUUUGGAAAGAAUAUGUACAUGGGGCCUAUUUUCCAGAACCUUUCUUUCAGAUCCAUUUCUUGCAUAAAUCCAGACUUGCCAUUGGAGAUGCUUGGAUUAAAGCUAAAUGCUGCAUAACUUGAGACAUCAUGGUUAGGGAUCUGCCACCAUAUCACAUGCACUGCUCAGCUUGCCUGCUAGUUGCAGACGUGAUCACAUGAGCAUAUCUCUGGGCUCCCUGGUGUUGGUGUUGCCAGGGUCCACACCGCUCAGCAUGCCUUUCUUGCUGAACUGUUCAUUACCCUGUGCUCUCCAACAACUUCUUCAGUCACUUCAGCUUUCCCAGAUUU